AUGGUUCAGGUCAGUGGAUUAGUACACCAAAACGGCCACAUCGAGGCGACGUUGUGCGGCGGAGGAGAGAAGACGAAAGUGGCGGUGAAGAAUGUGGCGGUCAAUGCUGUAGCGGUCAAGGCUGUGGCGGCCGUGAAGAAUGAGGCGGAUCCAUUGAACUGGGGUGCUGCGGCGGAGCAGAUGAAAGGGAGCCACUUGGAUGAAGUGAAGAGAAUGGUUGAGGAGUAUCGGAGACCAGUGGUGAAUCUCGGAGGAAAGACUCUGACCAUCGGACAAGUCGCGGCCAUCUCCACCAUCGGCGGCGAUGUUAAGGUGGAGCUAGCGGAGGCUUCGAGAGCCGGCGUGAAAGCUAGUAGCGAUUGGGUUAUGGAGAGUAUGAAGAAAGGCACUGACAGUUACGGUGUCACCGUUAGCUUUGGAGGUACUUCUGACCAGAGACCACAAAACGACGUCGCACUCCAAAGGGAACUCAUUAGAUUUGCGAACGCCGGAAUAUUUGGGAACUCGAAGGAGACAUGCCACACGCUGCCGCUAUCCGCCACGAGAGCCGCCAUGCUCGUCCGUGUCAACACUCUCCUCCAAGGAUUCUCCGGCAUCCGAUUCGAUAUCCUCGAAGCCAUCACCAGUCUCCUCAAUCAAAACAUCACUCCUUCUCUCCCCCUCCGUGGAACCGUUACCGCCUCCGGCGAUCUCGUUCCUCUCUCCUACAUCGCAGGGCUCCUCACCGGCCGUCCCAAUUCAAAAGCCACCGGUCCCAAUGGUGAAUCCUUAACCGCUGAAGAAGCUUUCAAAAAAGCCGGAAUCAGCACUGGAUUCUUCGAUCUGCAGCCCAAGGAAGGGUUAGCGCUCAUCACCGGCACGGCGGUUGGAUCCGCCAUGGCUUCGAUGGUUCUCUUCGAAGCGAAUGUUCAAUCGGUUCUGGCGGAAGUUUUAUCAGCGAUUUUCGCGGAGGUGAUGAGCGGGAAACCUGAGUUCACCGAUCAUCUGACUCACAGAUUGAAGCAUCACCCGGGACAAAUCGAAGCGGCGGCGAUAAUGGAGCACAUCCUCGACGGAAGCUCGUACAUGAAAUUGGCUCAAAAGCUUCACGAGAUGGAUCCGUUGCAGAAGCCGAAACAGGACCGUUACGCUCUCCGUACCUCCCCUCAAUGGCUCGGCCCUCAGAUCGAAGUUAUCCGUCAGGCGACGAAAUCGAUCGAGCGUGAAAUCAACUCCGUCAACGACAAUCCUCUAAUCGACGUCUCCAGGAACAAGGCGAUUCACGGCGGUAACUUCCAGGGAACGCCAAUCGGAGUUUCUAUGGACAACACGCGUCUCGCGAUCGCUGCGAUUGGGAAGCUCAUGUUCGCUCAAUUCUCAGAGCUUGUCAACGACUUCUAUAACAAUGGACUUCCUUCGAAUCUAGCAGCUUCGAAAAACCCAAGCUUGGAUUAUGGAUUCAAAGGAGCAGAGAUCGCCAUGGCUUCUUACUGCUCAGAGCUUCAAUACCUAGCGAAUCCAGUCACUAGCCAUGUUCAAUCAGCUGAACAACACAACCAAGGCGUGAAUUCUCUGGGACUAAUCUCAUCUCGCAAAACCUCGGAAGCUGUUGACAUUCUCAAGCUAAUGUCAACGACGUUCCUCGUUGCUUUAUGUCAAGCGGUUGAUUUGAGACAUUUGGAGGAGAAUCUGAGGCAAACUGUGAAGAGCACAGUUUCUCAGGUGGCUAAGAAAGUCCUGAUCACUGGAGUCAACGGCGAGCUACAUCAUCCUUCACGCUUCUGCGAGAAAGACUUGCUCAAAGUCGUUGAUCGUGAACAAGUGUUCACAUACAUCGACGAUCCCUGUAAGGCCACGUACCCACUGAUGCAGAAACUAAGACAAUUCAUCGUCGAUCACGCUUUAUCCAACGGGGAGACUGAGAAGAAUGCAGGGACUUCGAUUUUCCAAAAGAUCGUAGCUUUCGAGGAGGAGCUCAGGAUGGUGCUUCCAAAGGAAGUGGAGGCUACCAGAGCGGCUUACACUAGUGGGAAUGCGGCAAUUCCGAACAGGAUUAACGAAUGUCGGUCGUAUCCAUUGUACAAAUUCGUGAGGGAAGAGCUCGGGACGAAGUUGUUGACCGGAGAGAAGGUUGUGUCUCCCGGAGAAGAGUUUGAUAGGGUUUAUACUGCAAUGUGUGAAGGUAAAAUUAUUGAUCCAUUGAUGGAAUGUCUCAAGGAGUGGAACGGAGCUCCGAUUCCGAUUUGUUAA